UAAAAAUCCUAAAUCUCAGACAAGAGAGAUUCAAAAGGAAUCUCAUACAUUUCAAUAUUAUCAUCCUCUCUCUAUCUCUCUCUAUCUGUCUAUCCCUGCUCUCUGUCCACGGUAAUUACAAUGUCUAUCCAGUGUCGCUGAAACGGCGCCGUUUUUGGUAUGUAGUGUGGUCGGAGCUUACUGUAUCUGUCUCUCUCUGGUGUUUUGAUGCUGGUAACUUCCAUUCAUGGCUUGAUUUGGUCCCUUUUAGGGCUUCUUUUCUAAGGGUAAUAAUAUGAAUGGUUCUUGGUUCUUUGACGAAAAUUUUAAUGGCGUCCCAGAUGAUUUUUUUGAUGACGCCAUUAAAUAUUUUGAUUUUCCAUUGGAGGAUGUAGAACCAAAUGAUGCAGUGGAACAUUGGGAGACCAGAUUUCAACCGCUGGUUCCAGCACCAUCAAAUGUUUUUGCAGGUUUAACGGCUGGCCUUUGUGGUGAAAAUGACAAUGACACUCUCAAAAUAAAGAAUACAUCCUCAAUUUUGUGUCAUGAAUCUUCUCAGCAAAAACAGUGGCAGACUGCUGAAGCAUCCUCUAGCAGAAGCAUUCCCCUUAAUUAUGACUCUUCAGAGGUUAAAUGUUCACACGUGUGCUGGACCUCCAGUCCAGUUUCUGUCCUUGAAAGCAGCAGCAGUUCUUCCUCAGCUGAAAAUGCAGUGGUCUAUCACCCCAAAUUUGUCAUCCCAGUGAAGCGCCCUCGAAGCAAGCGCCCACGGCUGCAGCAACGCACAUUUCCAUUCAUCUCCCCUUCAAAUGCUCCAAAACAAUUGGGUUCUUCUGAAUCAGAAUCAGAGUCCCAUCACGAUGAGAAAAUGUUGAACCUUGCAAAGAAAAAACAGAAGAAAAAAAAUCUGAUGCUGCUGUCUUGUACUGUAGAGAUGGUGAAACCCUCCUCACAACAACCAGUUGAAAUCAGAAAAUGCUCACACUGUGAGGUGACCAAGACUCCACAAUGGAGAGAGGGGCCAAUGGGGCCAAAAACGCUUUGCAAUGCUUGUGGGGUUCGUUACAGGUCUGGCCGUCUCUUCCCAGAGUACCGACCUGCUGCAAGUCCAACGUUUGUUCCGUCAUUGCACUCCAACUCCCACAGGAAGGUCAUAGAGAUGAGAAAGAAGGUUGUUAAGCCCAUGAACACUAUGGCUGAAAUCAACAAAUCACUACCAACAGCACCAGAAAAUUCGUUUUGAUUGCCCUAUUUGUUUGAUUAUUAUUUAGGAAAGUAGCAUUGUAGCUGGGAGCUGUAUGUUCUCUAUUUUCUGUUUUCUAUUCUGUCAGCUGGUUUGUUCUUUUUGUACAUUGAGCAAAUAAACCUUAGAUUAGACUAUUAGAUGUUUGGCUGCAGUGAAAAAUCAAAGAGGCUUAGAGUAGUGAAAAUCUGAGUGAGGCAGAGAAAUGUAAUGUAGAUGAUCAGAAGUAGGCUGGUUGGUGCAUUGUGCCCCCUUGGUUAUGCUAAAGAUUUGUUUCACUGCUUGAUUACCAAGGUAGCUGAAAACGCAGUAUCAGGUCUCAAACUGUAGACUCUUACCUGUAUUUGUCUAGUUGUUUUUAGAGGUUUAUUUUGGUUCCUCUCUUUCCCUGAUAGCUAAGCCUUGUAUUGUAAUGUGUAGAAGCCUUGUAUUCUAUGUGUAACCAUGGAAAUGUACUUUUGUUCUGAAUCUUUGUUCUCCAGCUCAGAGGGGCAGGAUUUCAGUACUAUAUAAGAAAGGAUUUUGUUUUCU